UGAAAAUACCCAUAUUACCAGACGUACAGCUGCUGAUUAGAAUACAGUUUCUUUUCGACGUCAAAGAUAAUACAAUUCGCUGAACCAAUAGCCCGACCAAUAACGAUGGCGUCCGCUGGACAAGACCUAACCCACAAUAUCACCACUAAAGAGGCGAGCGAGCACGGAACAGAGGGCUCCAAGAAAUGCUUUGCGUUUCUUAACCUACCAGCAGAGAUUCGGAUGAUGAUAUAUCCGCUUCUCCUUUGCAGUAGUAAGCCAUUAUCAUAUUCCGACCAGGGAAAUUUCCAUCUCACUCCUGCGAUUCUCCGUACCUGUCGUCAAAUUUUAAACGAAGCACGACCACUACUCUACGAGGAGAAUGUUUUCGAAGUGAUCAUAUCUACUGAUUACGGGGUUGUGUCCUGUGAAUACGUGGAUGUCUACUCAGUUCAAACGUUCCGUUCAUCUCCGUUCGGGUCAUCUCGAUUCGGAGGGAUGACAAAAUUCUCUAUAGUGUUGAAGAGUACGGGCUGGAGUGGUCUAGACACGACUGCAGGAGACUUAACGUGCAUAUGCCGGGACUUGCGCCUUUUGCCGGAGUUGAGAUAUUUGCACGUAAAAGUCUCUAUUCCCAACGGCAUUGAAAGUGAAAGGUGUCCGGCCUGGAAGGCACUCGGAAGUCUCGCUCUGCUACGACGCGUCGGGAGCGUCGUCUUCGACGGCGUCCCACCCGACGACGUCAAAUAUCUAACGGAUAAAAUGACCGGAUUAACACCUGUAGAUGACCUACCACAAAUGUACGAGGCACUUAAAUCAUAUAUGGAUCCUAUCCAAUCAUAUGCGUCUUACCUCAACGACGCAUACCAGGCGAUGAUAUUCGGCGACGUCGACACGUUUAAGUAUUAUAGGAGGGAAAGUAUUUAUGAGAUAAAACGCCUGAUGGACGAUCUCCUCGAAGGACGCAGAAGCUUGUAUGAAUACGACACCGACCCCGUUAACGCCUGUGAUGAAGAUGAUUGUGUCUUCGAGGACACUUUUGCGUUCCAUACCUCAAAGAACGGAUCCAAAAUAGCGCCUGAUAAAGAUAGUACCUAAAAGAGAUUGGUACUCAACCUGUAUAUCUUCAACAAAGGCUCAGCUAGCAUGACGAGCAUAACUUCUUCCGGGGACUUACUGAACAUAUCGACCUUGACGACAUUUGAAACUACACGGUCUGGCCACCCGAUAUGCUCAAAUAACAGUCUAUGGUCGUUUGAACUAGUAGGAGAGCAAGCUAGGCCUAAUAAAAGGAGGAGCACUGAAAGGAAAUGGGCGAUGGAAUAUCAGUAUCAUUCGAAGUAGGAGCUCUUAUCAUCGGUGGACAUGGGAUUCUGGAGGUCUCAAUUAAAAUGAUUGUGGCUGUGUGUUUAUGUAAGUAGAUGGU